AUGGUUCUCCCGCCCGACGCACUUGAAGAAAAUGUUUACGCGUUCGCCCUUGCCAAGGAUCAGGUCCAUUCCUACUGCAAUCACUGCCUGAUAAGUAUGUCCGAGCCCAAAAAGUGCAGUGCGUGCAUGAAACUCGCAUAUUGUUCGCAGGAUUGUCAGAAAUCUGAUUGGAGACUGCACAGAGCCGAGUGCAAAUCUAUCCAGGUAAUGGAUUCGCCUUAUGCUUAACCAACUUUGUACGUUUUAGGACACGAAUGAAGUGGCAAACGAUUCCAUCCGACUUGUGCAGAGAAUCGCCGUAAUGCUCAGCAGAAGCGAAGACGGCAAAGUGGAAGCGGACUACAUUCCCGGAGGAACUCGCAGUUUCCUGACGCUUGAAGAUCAUGGGAAUGCGCUCGAUUCAGAAGCCGACGAGUUCGCUACCGAUUUCGUGAAAUUUGCAGUCUAUCCGCCGAACAUUGAUCUUGUGAAAACGAUAUUCAAAAAAGUGUCGAUCAAUAGUUUCGUAAUAGGAAAUUCAACUGGAAACGCCAUCGGAAUUGGCCUCUGCAUAAAAUUGAGCGCCGCAAAUCAUUCGUGCAAACCGACCACAAGAGUGUGCUACAAAAACCGAACUGCCAUGUUGGUUCCUGUUUGCGAUCAGGAAGUUCCGACCACGCUCCAGGGUGCCUGCCACUCCUACAUCGACGAACUUAUGCCGAAGGCGAUGCGAAAAGAGGCGCUGAAGGUUUAAUUCUAGCAGCUGCCCCCGUAGAUAAUCUUUUUCAAGUUUCUAGAAAAAGUACAAGUUUGACUGUGCCUGCGACGGAUGCUGCGACGAAGAACGGAAUGCGCGGAUGGAGGCGUGGUCGUGCGGAAUCUGCACGGGCGGAUGGAUGAGAAACAGCCAGGACGGACUGUGCGAACUGUGCGGAUGGCAGAUGACUCAGGAUCACUACGAACUGUGCCGAACGGCCGAAGAGACUGCGAUGGCUUCCCGGGCAAAGUUCGAGAACGAGAUGAUAUCGAUGGCUCAGCGGACGGAACUCGGAGAGAAGUUGCUCGAACUCUUCAAAGACACCCUCCACACGUUCAAUGUGCACCGACUGCCCGUUCUCCGAUUUAUGUACUUUGCAGCGUUGGCAGCCAAAGAGUGAGUAGUCAUUCCAUUUCUAAUUCACUUUUACUGCGUGUCCUUGGCUCGCUGCCAACUCUAAUUCGAAUGUCGAACCUAUUAUUUUUCAACAGUAUCAAUAAGUUUGCAGCAUCGGACUCGCGGCCAGAAUGGGCGUCACCCUCCUCUCAAUCAUGCUCGAGUACCAAAGUGAAACGGAUCCAGCCGUGCUCUUCCAAAAGUAUCAGCUCGCUCAGUUGUUCUGCGCCGCCGGAGCCAUCAACGAAGCAAAAAAGAUGAUCGGAGACAUCAAGGAGCCCCUCGAAAGGAUCUACACGGCCGAGUCGGCGAUCGUCAGAAAUGUGUACUGCAUGAUUGUGAAAAUCCGAAAUGCGAAUUGA